GUCUUAUCUCCGCCAUCAGGCCCUCGACGACAAAGGGUUAGUCGAAUACAAACUGAUGUAUGGGUACUGUAUGGUUCGACCUAUCAACGAACUCAUUUACCUUCAGAGCACGUACUUGCGAGCACACACGGUAGUUUGCAAAUUCCCUGCAGCAGCGAGACGGUGGCCGAGGGAAACCAAGAGGGACUGGAUCGGCCUCCGGGACGAGUUAUGGACCCUGGGAAGAGGCCCUUGGAAGGGGGACAUUGAGCUGGAAGGGGAUUCAGUGGUUACGUAUUUGGCGCCAACAGUCGACAUCAGGGAAUGGUUGAUCGAGGAGCGGCGAAAAGAGCCAAUCAAAGUGGAUGGGCAGAUGUUGGAAGUCGCCCUGCUGAAGUGGAAAUCGCCAGCCAAAGUGGAGGCGCAGAGGCAGGAGGAUCGACAACGGAAGUCGUGGGUGAAGGUGUAUCGGGCCUCGCAGUUGGCGGAAAAGUGGGUACGGGGUGCAGUCGAACACUUCUUCGGACCCAUUUUGGAUGAGCAGCCAUACGUGGAUGAGGAGCGCGCCUAUACACGAUAUGAGAUCGACGGCCCGCUCAUCUCGCCUCUAGCAGACACCCUGGCUAUUGCAACUGGCAUUUAUACAUGCCAAGAAGUUAGAGUGGUGACCAGUGAAUCCCCCUUCUGCGAAGUCUGUCGAAUUCACGGACACCUUAACGCACACGGGAGGUGCCUUACGAAGCAGGAGUCGGCCAAGGAGCUCCAAGAUCGAGCAGUCCGGCGCUCAUUGGAACCGAUACUACAAUCAGACCCGACGCGGGAGCAGAGUGCCUGGAGAGAGACAGAGCUGCAAUACGAUUUGCAGUUGUGGGAAGAGCACAAGGCCGCGAUGCAGGCGGGGGUGGCGGAAGUGCCUAAACCCAAAAUGCCCAGGCGAAGAAGGCGGGGAGAAGCACUACGACGGAACCGGGUGUGGGACGGACGAGACCAGACAGAAUUGGACCCGAUGCAAGUUGACCAGGCGGGGUGGAUGUUCCAGCAGGGUGCGAACAAGAGGGGCGGGGAGAACCCGGGGGAGCCGCAUGGCGAGGACCGGAAGAGGGCGGCAAGUGGGCCAGCGGAGGACGCCCAGCAAGAAGGGAAGGGUGCGGCCAAGGGGCYGGAGGGCGAAGAGCGACAGCAGCUGCACGAGCAGCCCCUCCCCCCUCCCCCCCCCCUGGAUGGCACAAAGGCUCCGGUCGCUGCGGUGUCGCAACAGGCCCACGUAGUAGGUGGGGAAGACCAGGGGAGCAAGGGGCAUGACCUGCCGGAGCACACUCGCCCAGAAGGGGGCCCAGCGGGGCAGCUGCACACGAGGAGCCCAGUGCCAAGGGAGGCCCGUGGGGGGAGCUAUGAGCAAGAAAUGGGAAAGGGGGAUCUGCAGAAGAUGAUGUUUGGCCUGAAGGGGGGGGAAGAUGGGGGGAGGAGGCGGCAAGGGGGAGGAGGCGGUAAGGGGGAGAGGGGCAGUCUCGGAGGGGCCGCCGCGGGGCGGCAGGUGAAUGGGUGGAUAGAGGAAUCUGGGGUAGCCUGCGCAGACGGGCAAGGUCCAAUAAGCGCAACACCACAAAAAUCGAGUGAGCAGCACGUGGGGCGGGAGGACGGCGGGGACAGUAAGCCCCUCCCGACGAAGGUUAAAACGGAGCCGGUGGAGGAUGAGGGACAAGCGCAACGGACGCCGGAAGGUCAAGUGGGAGAAUCGCAUAAAUCGGGUCGAGGUCAGCUCACCUAUGACACCCCGAUCGUAGUAGAACGGGACAAGCGCGAACGGAAGUCGCACGGGCAACGGAGGAGGGUAAAGCAGAUCACGGUCGGACCACCUCGCAGCUCGUCCGCAGAAUGUAUCCCGGUGCCGGUGGGUGCUAGUUCUUCAGAUGAAUCUACUCGCAACCAGCACGUCCAUCGGCAGGAACCAGCGUGGAACCCCGUUCAGUCGCAGGAAGCAGAGCGGGAGCAGCCCGCCCCCCAGGGGGCCAAAGCGAGCGUCAACCUGGCGACCCAAGAAGUUCUCAGUAUGGAACCCUUGAAGGAAGCGCGACAGCAGCUGGCCGACGGGGAACCAACGCAAGCGACACCAGAUCGGGGGCGACAGGAGGAAGUAGCCAGGGAGGAGGGGAAGGGAGAGGGCCGACAGUCAGAGGGUGGGGUGGGCACACAGGAGGCGUGGCACCAAGGGGCCGACAGGGAGACGGGAACGCAGGAGGCAGGUGCCCAUGAGAAGGGGGACUUGAAUAGUGGACCGGGCGCAGGAGGGAACGGGAAGGGGAUGGGGGAGGCAAGAGGAAACGGGGAGGGGCGGGGGGGGGACCAGGGGCAUGAGCAACGAGAAGUGGUAGGCGAGGAACGGGGGGCGGAGGCGGGCCAGCCGAGGGGAACAGAUGAGGCUGCGCCCUCGCCAUCAGCGCCCAGCGGGGGCAACUUACCAGGGAUCGAGCAAAGGGGGGAAGAACCAAUUUACGUGAAGGUAGUGAGGGCUAGGCAAGAAACGGUUCAAGAGGCGAUAGAGGUCGCCCAGCGAUGGGUGGGAGGGCAGUACGAUGUGGUCGAGAUCCCGCAUAUCUCGGCGUCCAGGUUUAUCCAGCAGUCGGAGUCAGCGGCAGAUUACGCCAUCAUGACGUUCUUUGUGGCGGCAUUGGCCAAGAGACCGGGAGUGUCUCGAUUGCGGCUGCGAAAGGCACAGUGGGUAGACUUCCAAGAGCUCAAAGGCCCCGAGGGGCGCCUGCGGGAAAUUCAUGUGGCACACCAAGCUUCAUUGGGAAUCCUGGAUGGUAUUGAAGAUAAGCUGCCAACGGACGAGCGGUUUGAUUCGCAGCACKUUGCGGAUGGGCAGGGGAUAUGGGCGAAGGCGGAAUCCCUUCUCCCCAAGAGGAGAGAGCUGCAGCAGAGGGUGGAGCAAGACCAAAUCGAUGUCGAYUGUAUCCAGGAAACCAAGUUGGACCAGUCAAAGAUCUCCGCGCCAAAGAUCUGGUGGAAAGGACACCAAGUAUGGGCGCCAGCCCAGGGCACGCGGGGGGGCGUUGCAGUAUUGGUCUCCCCGCACUUUCGAGGUACGAUCAUAGACUGGUUCUUCGACACCCAAGGGAGAUGGGCCUGGGUACUGCUGCAAGGGGAGGAAGAAACAUGGGGUGUGGUCUCGGUGUAUGGACCACAGGAGAUAGGCGAGCGAAGGAGGAUGUGGGAGCAGUUGGCUGCCCUCACCCCGCAAGUAGAGAAGAUCGUUAUCGCCGGGGACUUUAAUACCAUAAGUGUGCCAGGGCUGGAUGCGGCAGCUGCACGGCGGGAAGAGGCGGAUUCAGUGGCCCUGCACACGAGCAUGGCGCAGCUCGGAUGCAGCGACUCAUUUCCCAGCCUACACCCAGACUCCCGGGAGUACACCUUUUGCGGCACAACUCCGCUGCGACGAAGCCGCAUCGACAUGAUUUGGGCAUCCGCGCAGAUGAAUCAGCGAUGCGAAGACGCUCGAAUGGUGGCCAUGGCAAAAUCCGACCAUGCGGCGGUAAUCUCCGCAUACGCGAUAGGACGGAUGGAAAUGGGGAGACCCCCUGCAGUGGUCCCUGCGUGGGUAUUUGCCAGUCCCGAGUACCGGCCGGUGGUGCUGCGCUUCUGGGAGGAGUGGGUGGAUACCUCCCCUCAAGAGGACCGACUGAUGCACGUAAUGGAGGCGCUGGCAGAUUUAAAGGUGUUGCUGCUGGCCCAAGUAUGGCUGCAGCACAUGGCGCACCAGCGCACGGGGCAGGAGUUCGUAGAGCGCCUGCAGGCCUUGGACGGGGGACCGGGGGAGAUGGAAGAGAACGAGUGGUGGGCUGAGCGAAUGGAAACAGUGCGCCAAUGGAGAGAGUGGCAGAUUGAGGAGGCGGAACGAUGGGGGCGYCGCACUAAAGAAGCCUGGGUUUUGGUGGGAGAAAAGAUGGCGAGGCGUUUCUUUGCGGAACUCAAAAAAAAGAAGGCCUCACUGAYAAUGACUGCAAUGACGCAUCCAUAUGACUCGCAGAUCGGGAGGCAGGACACUAYGCGAGGCAUCUUGAAAUGCGUAACGGACUUCUACAGGGACCUGSUGACGGAAGAAGAAGUCUGGACCCCGGAGGACAUGGCAACACAACCGGAGAAGGACCUGUGGCAAUAUGCAGGGCCCAAACUGGACCUGGCAAGCAGCUGCGAACUUKAGCAGGACAUCACCCAAGAAGAGGUGGAGCAGGCAAUCAGCGACCUUCCCAGGCUGAAGUCGCCGGGCCUCGACGGCAUUCCCAUCGAGCUUUUCAAAGAAUUUUGAAUUUUUUUUGGCAUCUUGCUCACGGAAACCUAUAAUGAAGCACUGCAGCAUGA